AUUUUUGUAUCAAUCAUAGUUCUGAUUUAUUUACCUUUGUUGAUUUCAGGCCCGAGCCCGAGUCUUGGGCCAUUUUCUGCGGAAGCGAAUCUUUGUUUUGAUCAGCUGCGAAGAAGUAAUAGAAAGACCAUAAUAAUCUUGCCAACCCGAGUUGACGAGAUGCACAACUGUUAACCCAUGAGACGUAAUGUUUCAAAUACUCUGAUGUAUGGCGUAAUCUCGGGUAAGAACUUAUACUAAUAAAGAUGGCAUCAGAUUCUGAAGAGAUUGAAUAUCAGUCCCUAGACCAGAGGCAAAAUAUACCUCUGCUUGACCGAGAGCAUUCCCAGCACGAUGAAGAAGAGGGCAGUGAGAUCAACUUUCACGAAGAGCAGGGAUUUAUGGUUCACAUGAGUCCAGAUACCAAUAAAUCUCAAUGGAAUCAUGUGGAUGACCUGGAUAAAUUCUUUGUGAAUGUCUAUGACUACCACCAGCGCCAUGGUUUUCAAAAUAUGGUCCUGUCAGAAAGCCUGCAGUUGCUACAAUUUGUAUUUAUUGUGACUUUCAUGACAUAUCUGGGCUGGUGUGUUAAUUACCCAGAGCUGUUUGAUGAAAUCCCACACAACACCACUCGCAAGAAGACUUUCGACGAUAUCACGUAUCCAUUCGGCACCUGCGUUUCCAGGUUUGACUUUUGGACCUGGCUUCUUCUAGUUCUCUGCUGUUUGUUCUUCAUUGGGCGCACUAUUAAAAUGGUGGUGAACUUUAGUAAUUACUUGAGGACAAGGAAUUUCUUCAUCAGUGCUCUCAAUAUUGAAACACGAGAGCUGAGUAACAUGACAUGGCAUGAGGUCCAGUCGCGUUUACUGGAAGUUCAAAAGGAGGAGCAGAUUUGUAUACACAAACAGGAGCUCACCCACUUAGAUAUUUACCAUAGAAUUCUGCGUUUCAAGAACUAUCUGGUUGCCAUGGUGAACAAAAAUUUGCUCCCUCUCAAGAUGCGUAUGCCUCUUGUUGGAGAACAUGCUCUACUUACACACGGAAUGAGAUUCAACCUGGACUGCCUCUUGUACUGGAGUCCAUGGUCCAUCUUCCUCAACAGUUACACGAUGAGAGAAGAAUACAGGAGUCAUCACAAGAGAAAACAGCUUGCUGAACAACUUUCGACUCACAUUGCCGUGUUGGCAGUGCUGAAUCUGGUGCUGUGUCCCUUCAUCUUCCUUUACCAGAUCAUCUACUUUUUCUUUCGCUAUACUGAGUUUGUGAAGAGGUCACCAAGCUUUCUUGGAUCCCGACAGUGGGCCAACUAUGGUCGCUUAUACCUUCGGCACUUCAAUGAGCUUGAUCACGAACUGUAUGCGAGGUUGAACCGAGCAUACAUACCAUCGAAGAUGUACAUGAACAGUUUCACUUCAGCAUCUGUGACUCUUGUAGCGAAGUAUGUCGCUUUCUUUGCUGGAGCCCCAGCCGCAGUGCUCUUCAUUUUGGGCGUCCUGGACUUCAAUGAUGUCACCAAGGUGGAGCAUCUGUUCACGGUGGCUUCUGUCUGUGGUAUGCUGGCUACAAUUUGCUCGUCUCUCAUCCCUGAUGAGAAUGAGGUCUACUGUCCAGAGAGACUGAUGAUGAGCAUCCUGGCUCAGAUCCACUACAUGCCGGACCACUGGAAGGGGAAGGCUCACACCUCGACAGUCAGGGACGAGUUCUCCAUGCUCUUUCAGUACAAACUGAUGUACAUCCUGGAAGAACUGUUCAGCCCCCUGAUCACUCCAUUCUGGCUUUUCUUCGGACUCCGACCAAAAGCAAUGCAGAUUGUGGAUUUCUUCCGAUGUUUCACGGUCGACGUCGCCGGUGUUGGUGAUGUGUGUUCGUUUGCUCAGAUGGACAUCAAGAAACAUGGAAAUCCUCAGUGGGCCAAUGUGAAGCCAAAAGCGGAGGCUCUGUCCAGGUCCCAGCAAGCUGAGAAUGGCAAGAUAGAGUUGUCUCUCAUGCACUUCACGACCACAAAUCCAGAAUGGAAACCGCCCCAGGAGAGCAAUAUGUUUAUCACAGAAAUCAAACAAGAUGCUCAACGGGAGUUGCCUAUGCUGACCAGUAUGGUGGCAGAUCCCAUCAGUCUGCCCAGCUUGGGAUAUGUGAACCCAGUGCAGACAUUGGCUGGGCUCGGAGGUAGUCAACAUCAGAACUUCAACUACCCAGCAGCUCCUCACAGCCCACUCACCAGCCUCCCACCAAAACUCCGCGGCGGGCUGUCGCAGCUGGAUGGGCCAGUGGGCUCAAACUCCGCACUAGCUCAGUCCACUCUGACAACGUCCGGAUCCUUCCACACAGCAAACUUUGGCCUGAACGUGGUGGAUGAGAGCCAGCGGGAACUUCUGUACGGCAGCAUGAGCCUCAGUGUGCUGCACAUACACGAAGCUCACCACCGACAGCGCAGGGCGGGUCGUGUGUUCCGCCAGUCCAGCUCAGACGACAACACACCACCUCCCUCUGCGCAUCUGCCCGACACAAGUGCUGGGCCGCCUUUUUCUUCUCAUCCAGUGAGACCGGUUUUCUCAUCAGGGGUCGGACAACACGGCAGGCUACAUCAAGCGGGCACCGCGGUUGGAGGUCGUGAACCGUACAACUAUUACCCACCACCGUCGGGUUCAGGUACGGACCAUGUAACUAGUGGAACUUCGUCAGCAUCGUUGUCUAGUGCUGGAGUUCACAGAGACCCCCCAUCAGGGGCCUUCCCCCGCCAGCAGCAGCAGUACUCGGAGGUGACGGGGCUGCGUCAAGGACUUCCUUCGUCUUACCAAGGCGGCCCGCCAGUCCUCUACGGUGCAGCAGAUCUCUCGGCCGAAGGCCCCGACUUCCCACUUCAUCCUCUGGGGAGACACUUAUACCUGGACGACUCGGAGCCAUCCAGUUUACCCCCUCUGCCUCUCCCUCCCAGCAUCUCCUCAUCAGCAAGUAGCAAUGCCCCUCUGGGCCCUGUGCCGUCAGCUACAGGAAGGGCCACAGCCCCUACCUCGGACCCCAUGCCUUUGAUCAAAGAAGAUAUGUCGGGAGAGCACGAGAUUGAUACCUCUAAACCCUAGGCUAAGAGACCCGAGCUGCUGUGGGCAAACCACAGUGGUCCUGUGAUUGCCAUCAUCAAAGACAGUGCAUUAUACGAUGGAUUACUCCACUGCCUGUUCAUUCGCUUAUCCAUAUUUUAUAUAAUAUAUAUAUAUGUGUGUGUGUAUAUAUAUAUGUAUUACACAUGGACAGUGGAGUGUCAUUACAGGUCAAUAGCUUACCUAAGCCAGAACUGGGAAUCCACUGCACAUUAAUCUUUUUUUGUUGAAUCAUGGUGGGCUACAUCAUGGCACACCCCAAUUGACAAAUGUCAGAGUAAUUGCCUUUAUAAUUCUCAGUUUAUGCCCACAUGGUCUUUUUUAAACUAAAUUUUGUAUACUUUAAGGUCAUGCUUGUGUUAGAUUUAAAGCAUAGACUUUGAUUUGAUAUUUGUCCUGAAAUUUAGAAAUAAUGCAAUCAUUAGUCCAAAAAAAUUUUUUGGGGGGGAUAAAGCUAACGACUAGACUACAGUUAUAUCUUAAUUAAUUAUAUACAAUUACAUGAAGUUAAGAAUUGCAUGUUAUUGAUGCUAUCAGUUAAACAUUGAUAUCUUAUAAUACACCUUAUUCUUCUGAUCACGGUGAUGUAAAUGUCUAAAAGAUCACAGAGUCUUGACUUCUCUGUAACAUGUAACAGUGUUACAUCUGGGUGGCGAUGUAACUGCACGGUAAAUAUGUCAAGACAACUGUGACUUUUUUUAGGUUCUGAUUUGUUUAUCCAUGUCCCAUGAGUUUUAUGAUGGACCAAGCAAGCUUUGGAAAGGAAGAUACUUUUUUUCCUAAAUACCACUCACUGCUCCCCAAUUUUUUUGUUUUGUUUUCAUGCAGAACUAUAGAGUAGGAUUCAUUAUAAUAUUUUGCAUAUUCAGUGUUCUGAAUAUUAUUGUGUGGUCAUCUUCUGUCGAAAGACUUUAGAUUUGCCUUAUUUGACUUAACCUUUUUGUUUCUUAGAGAAAACUAAAACAGUUGGACUAGCAUGGAGACCUCACAUCUGUGAGGGGGCUCGGUGCGUCAGAAAAAGCUGUGGAGAGGAAGAGCCCGAAACAAUGAUACAUUCUCUCCUGAUGAUCUCCAUGCGAAAGUCCGGGAUGCUGAGCUUUUGGCUGUGAGCAGUGCAUAUGGAUGUUUUAGACUGCAUUUCUCAGAGAAAAUGUUUUGAAAAUUGAUAUGUUUCAAGAAGAUAUCGACAUAAUAGCGAACAUCAUCCUUAUGUUUGUGUAAAUGAAUUUAGUGGUAAAUCACUUUAGAGGAAGGAACCAUGAUUUCUUUUUUUUAAAGUGUGAAAUUUUUGCUAGUAACCGUUGUAUUUUGCCUGUAGUUGGAGAUGGAUAGCAGACGUCCAGUUUCCAUUAUCAUUUAGUCAUUUCACCUUUAUUUUCAUCUAAAUAAGGUAAUUCAGAAGUAAUUUCUCCUGGAACACAUAUCGAUAGUCACAAGUUUAAGCGAAAAGAUAAGUUCAAUUCACUACAAAAACAAAUUACUACUGAUGAGUUGCAUAAAAAAUCGCAGAGCCAAAACUGUCUCAAAUCGAUCUUCUUUUAAAAUUUGUCAUUUUUUUAUUAUGAAUAUAAAAUGAGCCCUAAUUUUGACAUUCUUAAUUAAGUCAAUUAUACCAGUGAUAUGAAAGAGCUUGUGUUUACCUCUACGUUUUUUGUAAGGCACGCAUCACAAGUGUAUAUAUUGCAGCUCUAGUCAAUUUUUAAAAACUGUCUUUGAAUUUUUAAAUUUGGUUUUGUGCAAAAAUAUAGAAGCAUAAUUUUUUUUAUUUUUUUUUUUUAUCAGCAUUUAAGAACCCUCUGAUUUCUGUGAUUUGAUGGGUACCUGUAACAUGGAUCUCAGAACAAAUUUUCACCAAACAGAAAAAGAUAUUGAGUUACAGGUACCCAUGAAAUGAUUCAAUAUCUUUUUCUGUUUGGUGAAAAUUUGCUUUGAGACCCAUGUCAUAGCAGUUACAAUAUUUCAUCACUUGGUUUUAAUGCGUACUUAAGCAAAAAGACUGAAAGUUUCCCCCCCCAGUACAAUUGUGGAAAAGUUCAACCAUUUUUAUUCAAGCUUUUCAGUUUUGUUUUUAUGGCCCCUAAAACCAUUCCUGCAAGAAAUAAAACUUUUCUUUUACAAGGAUAUACAGUGUAUAUUCGGUACUUAAGUUUUUCUGUACAUGAAUAAUUUGCUGUAAAAGUACAAGGCCAUUAAUCUAGAAAAAUUAAGGAGACUGAAUGUCGGAGCUACAUAGCUUUAAAAGAGAUGACAUGGAUAUUCGAAAACUGACGUUGUGUGUAUCAAAAUUUUAGGAGAACAGAGAUAGCUUCUGAUGUGUUGUUUUUGUAAUGAUUGUUUCUAUUCAUGUCUCAUUCCAUGUUUCACGAGUUUUGUUUUGUCUUUUCUCAAAGUCAGGUUUACACAUGUAUGUUCUGUCUGUAGUUGUUUAGCAAAAUGUCUUUUCUGCAGCCUUGAGGAAAGAGUAGUUGGUAGCUAUUCUAGGUCGGUCCUCUUCUUUGGCUUCUUUUUGUAGUAGUUUUUUUUCUUUUUCCUCAUCUUCUCGCAGCAAAACAGUUACCACUGGUGUACUGAUUCUCUGUAAACUGUAUUCAACAUUAGUUAUUGACAUGUAAAACUUUGAGCUUUAAUAAAUGUCGUCAGUGGAGUUCUUGCUCUGUGUGUGUAGUGUGUCAUUCAUGCCAUACCUGUACCAAUAUACCUGCUGUAUAUUUGCAGUAUGAGUCCUGAAACAUCUGAGUGUUGUAUUCCAUCAUAGAUAUAUUUUGUCUAUGUCAUCAAGUCUAUGUCAUCAAAUAAUAUUAUAAUCAUCCUCAUUGUUACUUUUGUAUGAGUUGUGUACAGUCAUCAUAGAAAGAAACUCAUCAGCUAAAAUCAGUACAAUGGGGAAAAUGGAUCAAUUAUAUAACUUAUGUACACCUACUUGAUGUUGUUCUUGAUUUAUUUUUUUCUUCAGAAGAAUUACAUGUUCGGCCAGUUUUUGUUUAUUGUUGGUUCUUGCAAGUUCAUGUUCAGGUUUAGGAGAUUCUGAGUUUGGAGGAUUAUGAGGGUACUUGUGGGCUGAAACAGUAAUUAUGUUUAAAUGUUGAUAUAAAAACAGAUGGAUGAGGCUGAUUGAUCUUUCUUUUGGAAUGAAAAAUGCGUGGUGGAAUUCUAAAAUUAAGACGUUAAGGGUAGGAUCAUGGGAACAGGUUUUUAAAAAAAUUGUGUUAGUGACAUUGUACUUUCCUGCAGCAUCUGCAUCUUGUUAGACCAUGCGGGUUUGCUCUCCUUUUUGGUUUCUCCUGUUUUUGCAUCUCUGUGAUUCAUUGUCAUCUCUCCACACAGCUCAAGUUUGCAAGAUUUGAGCUUGUUUGACAUGCUGUAAAAAGCUUUUUACAUCUCAGAAAGAGACUGUCUUCCAUGACCAGCUUUUGUUACCUCCGUGUGUAAGCACAAGAGGUUUGGUGUUUGAUCUAUUGUUUAUUCAUUGUAGUAAAUUCUCUCUUUAUAACAUUUGGUUUGGAUUUGAUUUGCACUGCACUCUAACCUCUUUUUGUUUAUUUCUAAAGUAUUUCACUUGAGCUGUAUGUCUGUGUUCUAUGUUAUUAUGCUUAUUGUUCAUGUUAAUGUGCAGAGACAGGUAUUAGGUACAUGCCCUGAGAACAUGGUUUUCUUGCCGGCAUCAGACAUAUACAGUUUGACUAGUGUUCAUUCCAAUGAUCGCAUUCUGCUGAAACACUGAUAUGAAGCCUCUCACAAUACAUACUUUUAUUCAUUUAUAAGUAUAAUAAGUGGGUGGUUGACGGGUGCUCUGGUGUGGUUUGCUUCUUCUUUCCUAUAAAAAAA